AUGGUGUUUUGGGUAUUUGGCUAUGGUUCAUUGGUGUGGAACCCAGGAUUUGAAUAUGAUGAGAAAGUUGUUGGUUUUAUUAAAGACUAUCGACGUGUUUUUUAUUUAGCAUGUUUUGAUCAUCGAGGAACACCUGAGUAUCCUGCUAGAACAUGCACGUUGGAACAUAAAAAAGGAGCAAUUUGUUGGGGUGCUGCAUUUUGUGUUCGUGGAGACCCUAAAAAAGAAAAAAUGGUUAUGCAGUAUUUGGAGCGGCGAGAAUGUGAAUAUGAUAAGAAGACUCUUGUAAACUUCUACAAGAAAGGAGAUUCAUUGAAACCUGCUUUCAAAGGAGUAGUUGUAUUCACAUCUACUAAUGACAAAAAAAACAAAUACUACUUAGGACCAGCUCCAUUAGAAGAUAUGGCUAGGCAAAUAGCUACUGCUUGUGGCCCUUGUGGAAACAAUAGAGACUACAUUUUCCUUCUAGAAAAGGCUAUGUAUGAUAUUGGACAUGAGGAUGACAUGGUGAUAGAACUUGCCAAUGAAGUGAGGAAGGUACUUUCAGUUUCGGGAAAUGUACAUCCUAAUGACAAGAAGUUGUUUGGAAGACUUAAGGCUUUACUCAACAUCCUCCAUUAAAACUGCAAAAACAGAUGUGUAAUCCAAAGAUCACACAAUGACCUUUUCCAUGAGCAAUUGAAUGCCAUUUCAU